CACCGAUUCGAAACAGAAGACGCCGUUACUCGGUAAUGGUGGAAGGUUAUGUUUAUCAAAAACUGUGGUGUGACCAACAAUUUGUCACGCCAAGCCGGCAGCGUACCCUGAGAUUUGAAAUGUAGAGAAGCGGGUGACUUCGUGAAGUGCUGCACUGUCUAUUUACAAUACCAGACUGAGCGCAAUGGUCACGUGGGCGCAACACGUUUUGUUUAUUUUCAUUUGUGUGAUUCUGGUUACCUUCCUGUCAACAUGCUCGGCGGAUGAGGAAAAGGUUAGCGUCAUUGACGUCACGUCCAACACAGAAAUGGCAGGGAUGCUUCUCUACCUCAAGGACGAAGCUAGGCAGAAAUUUUUCUCAGAUUGCAUCCAACAUUUUUGUGAGAAUCACGAGCUUGCAGAAUAUAACAGUGACAUGUGGACAUCAAAGGAAGUCAAGGCUGCAAAUCAUGAUCGCUUCUGGGCACUGUAUCGCUGUACGGUGAAGAAGGAACCUUCUCAGUGUCCAGUUGACGGCGGUUGGACCCAGUGGAGUGAGUUCGACCUCUGUAGUCUCACCUGUGGGGAAGGUCUACGAUACCGCAGGAGGACAUGCUCCAACCCCCUCCCACAGAACGGUGGUUAUCCGUGUGAUGGCUUGGCCAUCGACACAAUGUCCUGCGAGGAAAGACCCUGCCCCCAAACGGGCCACGCCCACCACCAUGUCUCCUCAUUACAAGGUGCGAUAGAUCGUCUGAAUGAAGUCCAUGCAGCUAAUCCCCAUCUUGAACAGUUGUGUGUCUUCGCUAAGUGCACUUACGAGCAAGUAACACACUUACUUCCAAACAUGCACGAAGUCAAUUCCUACUGGUCGGAUCUGACCUGCUAUAAGUAUUCCAGGUCAUGCAGAGUCGAUGGACAGUGGUCGGAAUGGGGUCCGUGGAGCGACUGUUCAGUAGGCUGCGGACAGGGCUCCAAUGUCCGCCGACGGAACUGUAGCGACCCGGCACCGCAGAAUGGCGGCUGGAGGUGUGCCGGCAAGUCUGUGGAGAUCAAAGAGUGCAUACAAAACAAGAAAUGUUCCUCAGGAAAUUGUACCAAUAUACUUUUGGAGGGGACUCCAAUAGCCGAGGAUAACCUACCUGGCGUGACUGCCUACAUUGCCGGAGACGAGACUUGGAAGGGUCAUCCAGUUUUUAGGGCCAAAGGGAACGGCCCAUGUAGGGGUAGAUGUGUUGUCUACUAUGCGGAUGACCAUGGCGGGAUGUGGUGCUUCAGCACUCAGUCUGUUAGUGCCGACUUGAGGUGCUUCAUCAUGGCUUGGGGAGGACCGCAGCAUCCAACGAAGACCAAUGAAAUCUAUGAAUUUUCGAGAAAACAGCUUGAUGCGAGUGAACAGUUUAAUCUUAACUCGGAUCUUCAUGUCGUCUGCAAUGAGGAUGCGAAGGAGUGGAUGAACAUAUGGUCCCCCUGGGGUCAGUGCCAGGGAGACCCAUACUGCAGCAUCGGUACCAGACAACGUCAGAUGACCUGUCCAUCAGGCAUCGAGGGUUGUCCUCGGCGUACUGAGGCCGGAAAUGGCGUAGUGGCAACUUCCGAAGAGUUUUGUACUCUUCCACCAUGUCCAGUUAAUGGUGGCUGGAGUGGCUGGAGCGGGUGGUCAGUGUCCACUAGUGACUGUGGGGAAGGGAAGCGAGGACGGUUCCGGACAUGCAACCGGCCAAUCCCACAGGCCCAUGGAAAGGAUUGCCCAGGGCCGCGCCUCUUGGUGAAAGCUGUGAACGUAUCCUGUCUUGAGGAAGAUGUUCAUAGACGGAAAAAAAGAGAGAGCGGAGGUCAGGGACAGCAAAGUCCAAAUGGGAACUAUGGUCAGGGACAGCAAUCUCCAAAUGGGAACUAUGGUCAGGGACAGCAAUCUCCAGGUGGGAACUAUGGUCAGGGACAGCAAUCUCCAGGUGGGAACUAUGAUCAGGGACAGCAAUCUCCAAAUGGGAACUAUGAUCAGGGACAGCAAUCUCCAAAUGGGAACUAUGAUCAGGGACAGCAAUCUCCAAAUGGGAACUAUGAUCAGGGACAGCAAUCUCCAAAUGGGAACUAUGGUCAGGGACAGCAAUCUCCAAAUGAUAACUUCGUUCAAGGACAGCAAUCCCCCGAUGAGAACUUCAUUCAGGGACAGCAAUAUCCAGAUGAUAACUUCGUUCAGGGACAGCAAUAUCCAGAUGAGAACUUUGUUCAGGGACAGCAAUAUCCAGAUGAGAAUUUUGUUCAGGAACAGCAAUAUCCAAAUGAGAAUUAUGGUAAGGGACAGCAAUCCCCAGGUGGGAACUAUGGCCAGGGACAGCAAUCUCCAAAUGGGAACUAUGAUCAGGGACAGCAAUCUCCAAAUGGGAACUAUGGUCAGGGACAGCAAUCUCCAGAUGGGAACUAUGGUCAGGAACAGCAAUCUCCUAAUGAGAACUAUGAUCAGGGACAGCAAUCUCCAGGUGGGAACUAUGAUCAGGGACAGCAAUCUCCGAAUGAGAACUUCGUUCAGGGACAGCAAUCCCCCGAUGAGAACUUCAUUCAGGGACAGCAAUAUCCCGAUGAGAACUUCGUUCAGGGACAGCAAUAUCCAGAUGAGAAUUUUGUUCAAGGACAGCAAUAUCCAGAUGAGAAUUUCGUUCAAGGACAGCAAUAUCCAGAUGAGAACUUCGUUCAGCGACAGCAAUAUCCAGAUGAGAGCUUUGUUCAGGGACAGCAAUAUCCAGAUGAGAACUUUGUUCGGGGACAGCAUUCUCCGGAUGAGAACUUAAAUCAGGGACAACAUUCUAUGGAUGGCAGAAUUGUCCAGGGACCGAGUUCUGUGGCUAUGAAUGAGAACUUCGUCCAUCAAGAACAUGAUACGUAUGAUGAAAACAGAGACUAUGAAGAAAACAGAGAAUAUGACUACCAGCAAGUGUCAUACGACAACACUCCAGAGUCUUCAGAUGAGGGAGAAGUGAUCGCAGAAAUGAGCGAUGAACAAUCCAGAACCACUUCAGAAGGGAUGGUUGUUUUCCCAAGUUUUCUAGAGAUAGCUGGAGAGCAAAGUCCAGACUUGGCCUAUCUGUCUGACUGGGGACAAUGGACAUCUUGUACACAGACCUGUGGUGAGGGAAUACGGAGAAGGAUACGUCAAUGUCUAUGGACGGAGCGAAGAUGCAGAGGAGAUAUACGCGACAUUCAGCUCUGCAACAUACAACCCUGUCCAGUUGAUGGAGGUUAUAGUGAAUGGUCCCCAUGGACGGCAUGUUCCCUAACCUGUGGGGACGGUACACAGUCCCGUAACAGGGUGUGUACCAACCCUGCCCCCAGCCACGGUGGACAGGUGUGUACAGGACCGGCCAGGGAGGAGAAGGCGUGUGAGAUGACCAGGUGUCCGGACAGCGGUGUAGAACAGGCGUGGCAGUGGCAGUCCUGGGAGUCAUGGCAACCGUGUGACCGGACCUGUGGCAUGGGGUCCCGCCAGAGGAGGAGAGGCUGCAUGGUCAACCCCAAUGUGGAACAGGCCAACAGCGGCGGCCACUUGAACUGCAUCGGCAGGAGGAUGGAGAUCAUAGAAUGUCACGUUGCCGAUUGUGCAGAAAAUGGCAACUGGGCAGCUUGGUCUUCCUGGUCGGACUGUACGGCCACUUGUGGAGAUGGCGUGAGGACCAGGGACCGGACCUGUACUGACCCUGCACCGUACGGAGACGGUACAGAGUGCGAUGGACAGGGUACAGAGGUGGAGCACUGCUCAAUACCGCCGUGUAUAGAAACUGACGGUACCACGCGAAUAUUCAAUAAAGAUUCAUACGUGAUGUACGCAUCGCCGUCACACCCCUCUCACAUCUGGCGGGCCUUCGUACGUUUCUUCCCGUACACUGGAGAUGGUCUCCUGCUAUGGACCGAGAACGACGUUAAACACGAGACUAUUGACAAUGACAAUGUGAAGAUAGAGCUCGGGUUGAAAGAUGGACUUGUCGUCUUAAAGGCAAUUAUUGGCAAAGCAAAAGUGGAUGUGCCCGGUGAUGAACCAAAGCUUGAAGCGUGGAAUGACCUAGUUGCCACCAUAGCUGGAGAGAGGGUAUCGUUACGUGUAAACGACGGAGACAUUCAAGAACAAUUGUUCGAUGUGGAACCUCCACGGAUCAGCUUUUGGGGUCCACUUUUCCUUGGAGGAGUUAUCUCAUACCAAAAGGAUUCCUCCUUCGAAAGUGGAUUUGAAGGGAAAGUCAGUGACCUGUGGAUCAACUACCAGCAGUUCAGCCUUAAAGAGCACGCCUGGAGCGGGGACAGGAUUCCUGUCGAAGGGUACAAGUCAAUGGACGAAAAAACAGAUCUAGUGGCUGCUUCGCGGUCAUUUUCCGGUCAGGAGUAUGCAGUCAUUCCCAUCACACCCCCAAGGCACGCGCAAGGCUCCUCUACAAUCUCCAUGGUACUGAUGCCAUCGGAGGGGGAAGGCUUGCUGUUUUACAACCAGGGGACAGAAGUUGGCACUUAUAUCAUCCUCCUUCUUAAAGAUAACCAUGUCGUCCUUAAGCUGGGCCUAGGAUGGGAAGAUGUGCACACUACAGGUGAAGAAGUGACACCAAAUCGCUGGAUACACCUACAACUGACAAUCACAAAAUGGGGGGAUGCAGAGAUGCGGAUCAACAGCGGACCGGCAACCCAGUUGUCCCGUGAGGGAAUGCAGUACCAACCGGGACCUUCACUCCUGAUAGGUGGCGUAACAGAUGCGUUAUGGAAAGAUCUGAUUGAGUUUCAGCAUGUGCCAGAAAAGAGGGGUUUCGUUGGCGUCAUCUACAGUGUAAAAGUGUACGGGCAGGAGUUCAAAAUGACUGACGUGGCUCUACAGAGGCGAGGCCUGCUGAUCAAUUCAGCUACCACUUCGAAAGCAGCUCACUACAAAGAGAUAGUAACUUCCAAGGGUUCAUCUCUCAAGCUGCGAUGUGACUACAGCUUCAUCACUAGAGGGAAAAACCAUUCGAACCCCCAUGUGAUAUGGAUGAAGGAAGAUAGACGACAACUUGAAGGCACAUUUGUCAACAUAACCAAUGGGGAACCUAAAAACAAGCAUGUGUCCAUGCUACACUUGAGGGACUUACAUUCCAGCAUGACUGGUAGUUACUCGUGUCUGGUGGAAUAUGGCGGAAGGGAAGUCGUCACGAACGCAUUCGGGAUUCUCGUAGAACCACCUCCUCAAAUUCCAGAAGAGCAAAGAACCAUGACACCAGCGGAGGCAGACAAUAUGGCUCUCGAAAUCAUCCUGGUGGUACUACUGGUUCUUUUUGCUGUAGUCAUCAGUUUCUGUUUUGCUGCUAGGAUCCGCUGCUGCCGGGAAAGGUUUCCAGUCCUUGGCACUCUCUAUACCCAAAUGGUCGACAAGGCAGGGAAGAGCAAGAUCGUCAGGAAAGCGGGAGACGCCGUACAAAAGGCCGGAAAGAGCAAGAUCGUGCGAACAGCAGGGGAGGCGGUACAGAGCAUCAAAACUGGAAUGGACAAGAUAGGUGCAAAGUUACGACCCAACCGGUGGCAAGGAGACUCGGGCUUCGAACAGCUACAUCACAAGUUUGGUGCAAAGAUACGGUCCGACCUGUACAAAGAUCAGACCGACAGUGCUAAUGAGGAUGAAGAGAGGAUCAAGGAACCACCUGAUCACGACACUGUUGUUUCCCUCAGUCCUGUUGCCCCAGCAAGCAGGACUUCGCUAGCCAUGGUUGAUAACGUCUCACCAGCUCAAUCACUGUACAGCAAUAUGUCGCUGGUGGAUAAGCGUCGGGCGAGCCUCACGAAGAGUGGAAGCAAUGAUAUAGAUGCUUGUGAAUGUUCUCCAACGAGCAAGAGUGUUUUACCAGAACAUAUAUCUUGUACCAUGACGAGCUCGCUGUCACCAUCACCUUCCGGUGCAAGAAGGCGACUUUCCAUGGAGGAGGUCCCCACCACACCGCCGUCGUCAGACUUCCUUAUUUCUUCACCAAGCACUACUCCACUGCAGUCCAGGGUUUCAUCAUCAGUACCAGCAUCGCCAGAACCGUUCUCUAUCUCUACUCCAGGUAGUUCGCCACCAGCGUCUCCGGAGAAGGCAAAACCUGGAGAACCUCCUCCUGCUGCAGGUCCACCGGGACCUACUCCUGCUGCAGGCUCACCUGGUCCACCUUCUGCAGGCUCACCGGGACCACCUCCUGUUGCAGGCCCUCCCCCUGCUACAGGACCUCCCCCUGCUGCAGGACCUCCUCCUGCUGCAGGACCCCCCUCUGCUGUAGACCCACUGGGACCACCUCCUGCUUCAGGACCUCCCCCUGCUGCAGGCCCACCGGGACCGCUUCCUGCUGCAGGACCUCCCCCUGCUGCAGGCACACCGGGACCGCCUCCUUCUUCAGGACCUCCUCCUGCUGCAGGCUCACCGGGACCGCCUCCUGCUGCAGGACCUCCCCCUGCUGCAGGCCCACCUCCUGCUGUAGGCCCACCUCCUGCUGCAGGCCCACCGGGACCGCCUCCUGCUGCAGAACCUUCCCCUGCUGCAGGCCCACCGGGACCACCUCCUGCUUCAGGACCUCCCCCUGCUGCAGGCCCACCGGGACCACCUCCUGCUUCAGGACCUCCCCCUGCUGCAGGCCCACCGGGACCGCCUCCUGCUGCAGAACCUUCCCCUGCUGCAGGCCCACCGGGACCACCUCCUGCUUCAGGACCUCCCCCUGCUGCAGGCCCACCGGGACCACCUCCUGCUUCAGGACCUCCCCCUGCUGCAGGCCCACCGGGACCGCCUCCUGCUGCAGAACCUUCCCCUGCUGCAGGCCCACCGGGACCGCCUCCUGCUGCAGGACCUCCCCCUGCUGCAGGCCCACCGGGACCGCCUCCUGCUGCAGAACCUUCCCCUGCUGCAGGCCCACCGGGACCACCUCCUGCUUCAGGACCUCCCCCUGCUGCAGGCCCACCGGGACCGCCUCCUGCUGCAGAACCUUCCCCUGCUGCAGGCCCACCGGGACCACCUCCUGCUGCAGAACCUUCCCCUGCUGCAGGCCCACCGGGACCGCCUCCUGCUGCAGACUCUUCGGGACCACCUCCGCCUCCUCCUCCACUACCUUCGAGCAGUAGGCGGUCUAGCAGAUCUGACUAUGGUUGA